AUGGAAGGACAACAACGGUCCCCAGAUUGGGUGAAAACAUCGCCCGACAAACUGGCCACAUUUGUCGCCAGGGACAACAACCUGCGGCACUCUGGCCUUUUUGGUCGUGGAGAAGUCUCCCACCUGGCCAGUCUCCCACCUGGCCAGUCUCCCACCUGGCCAGUCUCCCACCUGACCAGUCUCCCACCUGACCAGUCUCCCACCUGGCCAGUCUCCCACCUGGCCAGUCUCCCACCUGGCCAGUCUCCCACCUGGCCAGUCUCCCACCUGGCCAGUCUUACACCUGGCCAGUCUCCCACCUGGCCAGUCUUACACCUGGCCAGUCUCCCACCUGGCCAGUCUCCCACCUGGCCAGUCUCCCACCUGGCCAGUCUCCCACCUGGCCAGUCUCCCACCUGGCCAGUCUCCCACCUGACCAGUCUCCCACCUGGCCAGUCUCCCACCUGGCCCGUCUCCCACCUGACCCGUCUCCCACCUGGCCAGUCUCCCACCUGGCCAGUGUUACACCUGGCCAGUCUCCCACCUGGCCAGUCUCCCACCUGGCUAGUUUCCCACCUGGCCAGUCUCCCACCUGGCCAGUCUCUCACCUGGCCAAUCUCUCGCCUGGCCAGUCUCCCACCUGACCAGUCUCCCACCUGGCCCGUCUCACACCUGACCAGUCUCCCACCUGGCCAGUCUCCCACCUGGCCAGUCUCCCACCUGACCAGUCUCCCACCUGGCCCGUCUCACACCUGA